AUGCGGCUGCAGACAGAGGAAGAAGGAGAUACUCAGCAGGGAGCUCCCUCGCUGGGCUUUGCAGCCUGCCAGCCAUCUUUCCUCCCAGCCUACGAGACCCCGCAGUCGGGCGCUGCAAUAAGUCAGAGGCAGCAGCACCGCAGUCCCCACCACCAGCAGCUCUAUAAAGCUCCUGUUCCCGUACGCGACACUCGGGACACAGCUGCUGCCAACCUGCGCGAAGCAUCGGUGCAGCAGCUCACCUUGCUGGCACAGCACCGCUACCCACCUUGGAGGAUGCAAGCCUGUUACUCCCAACAUCUAUUUAAUGCCACUUUAUACGACGCCAUAGCUACGGCCAUCAUCACACUUCAGGCAUUUGCUGGCAUGUGGAUAAACGCUUUCAUUGUUUCUGUGCUUUGUAUUGCUUGGGUCAAAAAGAAAAGCUUUAACUCCAACGAGAAGAUCUUGCUGUUUCUGGGCUGCGUCAGGUUCUGGUAUUUGUGCAUCACAGGGCUAUAUUUUGUUCUUUCAACAUUUUAUGCUCGCUGCUUUUAUGUUUACCCCAUACCACAAAUAUUUGUAACUAUUCAAAGCUUUUUAAAUUCCUCAAACUUGUGGGUUUCUGCCUGUCUCUGUGUCUUUUAUUGUAUAAAAAUUGCAAAUUUCAGGCACCGCUUCUUCAUCUACCUGAAAGUGAAAAUUGACAGGAUCGUGCCACGGCUGUUGGAGGGGUUCGUGCUUUUAUCCCUGGUCUUCUGCAUAUUUGUCUACGACAUAACUGCUAAAGCGUAUAAUGACAACUUCAAUUCCACCAGCCUGGGAAAUUUCUGGAGACAGGAUAUCAGAAUAGAUAAAUAUUUUUUCCCUGUUUUUUUUCUCACUGGCUUUGUUUAUGCCAUUGCAUUCACGGCAGUAAUCUCUUCUGCCCUGCUCCUCCUCUUUUCUCUCUGGAGACACCAGCGCAAGAUGCAGACAAACUCAGUGAAGAAUCUCAGCACCGAUGCCCAUGUCAAAGCCAUGAAAUCUAUUCUCUUGUCCAUUUUAAUUUUCACCUCUGUCCUCUGGAGGAGCAAGAGUGAGGGUGCCACGGCCAAGCCACCACUGCAGAUUACCUAA